CUCUCUCAGUUAACGUGAAGCGGCCGUAAGUAAACUUACUACCGAGGACGUGUAUGAGCAGCAACAGGUGAACAGGACGACAAAUCGUGCGAUCAUACAAAAUGCACCAAUAUUUUGUGAAGAUAUCUAUUUUCCUGUUGAUCGUGUGUUCGGUGGACGAUUCCGAGAGCAAACAAGGAGCAGCAUGUUUAAGUUACGGUCAUUCGUGUUGGGGCGCACACGGCAAACGCAACACGAACGUACCAAACUACCCGAACGACUGGUUCUUGUAUAGGAUGUCGCUUUUGCGUAAAAAUGACAACAGAGAUGCGACAAUGGAACUCAACCAACAAUCCGACGACGGUGACGUGCCUAAUUACUUUAACAUUCUAAAAACCUACAUUCAGAGAUCCGCAAAAAAGACAAACAAUGAAGACAUUGAUGGACCGUGGAACGCACAGCGAGGCCAGCCUAAAAAUCGAUACGUCGAAACCUUCGCAAUGGAUCCCGAAAACGAUUACAGGCUUAUUGUAAAUAAUAAUUAGGUCCUAAAUCUUUUUUUUUUUUUUAAAAAGCAUUAGUAGAACUCAAACUCUAUAAAAACACUUAAUGUAGGAAUAUACAUUGUUUUCUUUCCUAAACAUUUUCUUUCACAAAAAUAUUAAACUAAAACAUUGAUCGUACGGUUAAUUCGAUUAUACUUACAAAUCAUAAUACAACAAUUUAAAAAUUUAAAAAGAUCAAAUUGAUAUUUUUCGAUAUUGAUAUAGUAUAAAUACUUAAC